UAUAUAUCUAUUCUCAUUCUGCUACGCAACUUCUCCACCGCCACUCCCCCCACGCAACUCCCAACCCUACAUAUACAUACAGAUAUAUAGAGAGAGAGAGAGAGAGAAAGAUCACUUCCCCAAUUCACUCACCCUCACUUGAACCCUAAUUCAAAUUCAAUUCUCUGUUUUCUUCAUAUCUUACGGCUUCUCUUAUCUGUUUGAUUUGAUCUGAUUUGAUUUUCGUUCUGAAACCUGCCAUGGUUCUAGAGGCUUUGAACUCGGUGGCGCCGCUCAAGAUGCGGCGGGGAAGAUUCGACGACGCCGAGGACUCGUGGCGGAAAUCGAAGCGGCCGCGCCGGAAUCUGGAUCAGUCGGAGGAGGAUGAGUAUCUCGCCGUUUGUCUUGUCAUGCUCGCUCGAGGCGGUAAUUAUCGUCCGCCGUCCUCCGCCGCCGCGAAGAAAGAUGAUGAAGAAUCCUCUCUGACUCCGCCGGCGCCGCUCAGCCACAAUCCUCACCGGUGCACCGUCUGCGACAAGGCGUUUCCGACGUACCAAGCGCUCGGUGGCCACAAAGCGAGUCACCGCGUCAAGCCUCCGACUGCCGACCAGGACAACAGCCACGCCGCCGCCGCCGCACCGCCGCUGCCAUCGUUGAGCUACGUUUCAGCUCUGAACCCUAGCGGAAGGCUUCACGAGUGCUCCAUCUGCCAUAAAUCGUUCUCCACCGGUCAAGCUUUGGGCGGCCACAAGCGCAAGCACUACGACGGCGUAAUCGGCGCCGUUAAAAGCCGCACGACAUCCUCCACCGUCAGCGAUCAGAAGUCCGUCGCGCCGGCGAGACUGACUAUUGAUUUGAACCGGUCGCCGUCGCCGGAGCUCAAUUGCGACGAUGAAGUGGAAAGUUCUCUGCCGCCUUUAAUCUGAACGCCCAAUUUUAGGAAUAAAAUAAAAUUUAAUAAUAUUUAUUUAGUUAUAGGAAAAUUCCAAGCUGGUUCUGUUAUUUAUUAAUCGAUGUAAAGGAAUUCUUUCAUUCAUUGGUUGAAUAUAUAUAAAUAUAUAUUAUAUUAUUUACAUUUAA